UGUCUUCCAGAUCAAUGGCCUCGAAAGCCCCAGUGGGAUUUAUUGGGUUGGGCAACAUGGGUAAUCCAAUGGCAAAGAACCUCAUAAAGCAUGGCUAUCCCAUUAUUGCUGCAGAUAUCUUCCCAGAGUCGUGCAAAGAAAUACAGGAUUUAGGAGCACAGGGAAGGAAAUCGGCUGUCCUUACCUGGUGUGGCCUGUAUGUGACUCCAUAGGAACAUAGGAGCAGGAGUAGGCCAUUCAGCCCAUCGAGCCUGCUCUGCCAUUCUAUAUGAUCAUGGCUGUUUAACCAUGUCAUUGAUAUUUAGAAAUCUGUGUAUGUUUAAAGAUGAGAUUGACAAUGUCUGAGAUUCCACAGCCCUCUGGGGUACAGAAUUCCAAUGAUUCACAACCUCUGAGUAAAAAUACUUUUCCUCAUCUUGGUCCUAAAUGGCUUCUCCCUUAUUUUGAAAUUAUGUCCCCUGGUUCUAGACUCCCCAACCCAGGGAAACAUCUUACCUGCAUCCACCCUGUCUACCCCUUUAACUAUUUUGUAGGCUUCAAUCAGAUCACCACUCCUCCAUCGAAACUCUCGAGAAUACAGGCCCUGUUUCACCAAUCUCUCUUCCUAUGACAGUCCUCCCAUCCUGGGAACCUUUGGUGCACUCCCUCGAUGGCAAUAAUAUCUUUUCUGAGAUCAUGGACUCUCCUGCUGAUGUAGCCGAAAGAGCUGAUAGAGUCAUAACCAUGCUGCCAUCAAGCCCUAAUGUGAUUGAGGUUUAUACUAGUCCAAAUGGCAUUUUGAAGAAAGUCAAAAAAGGUUCAUUGCUAAUUGAUUCAAGCACUAUUGAUCCUGCUGUUUCUAAAGAAAUGGCCAAAGCAGCAGAAAAGACCGGAGCAUUGUUCAUGGAUGCGCCUGUAUCUGGAGGUGUCGGGGCUGCACGGGCUGGCAACCUCACGUUCAUGGUCGGGGGAUUGGAAGGAGAAUUUAAUGCAGCCAAAGAAUUGCUGAGCUGCAUGGGAACCAAUGUGGUUUACUGUGGAGAGGUUGGAACUGGACAGGCAGCAAAGAUCUGUAACAACAUGCUUCUAGCUAUUAGUAUGAUUGGAACUGCUGAAACAAUGAAUCUGGGAAUCAGGCUAGGGCUUGACCCGAAGCUUCUGGCAAAAAUUUUGAAUAUGAGCUCAGGUCGAUGCUGGUCAAGCGACACCUAUAACCCAGUACCAGGAGUGAUGGAUGGUGUUCCUUCUGCUAAUGACUAUCAAGGUGGCUUUGCAACAAUGUUGAUGGCAAAGGACCUGGGAUUAGCACAGAACACUGCCACAAGCACUAAAACUCCCGCUCUACUAGGAACCUUGUCCCAUCAGAUUUACAGGAUGAUGUGUGCACGGGGCUAUGCUCAGAAAGACUUCUCUGCAGUGUUUCAGUUCCUGCGUGAAGAGGAGAAUAUUUAAACUUGACCAACACCAAACUGCAUCUUGCGCAAUAGUCAUGAAAAUGUCAGUGAGUGUUCAAGUAAUUUCAGUUGUCCAACAAAAAAGGACAGGAUAAUUCUAUAGCCAUAAAUCAUGGUCCCAGAGAGGCUGUCUAGUUUUUUAGUGAACAGCUUGUGUAAUUGUGCACUCAGAAGUCCCUGAUUUAACUAUAUGGAAUUAGAUAAUGAAAGCAUUUUGAAACUGAAUCGCAAGCAAGAUGUCUAAGUUUUGAGAAAUGAGACUGUUACAUAUUAUGUAGGUUUGCUCUUUAUUACAGGGGGAAUGAUAAGGAAGCUAGCUUUCUGUUUUAUGUUUUUUGAGUUUCAUUACCAAUUACUUCACUAAGAGAUGACAAAUUAUGAACUUUCAUUUUUGCUUUCUGGUUUGUUUUCUUGGAUAAUACAUAGACCGGAGGCUGUUACACAUUUAUAAAUAGAUGGCAACAAUUACAUUUCCUUUAAAUAUUUAAUUAAAAUGUGAUUGUAAAUUGAAAUAAAAUUUUAUUAAUUAUGUACCAUA